ACCUGUCUGUCUGUGUCUGUCUGUACCUGUCUGUCUGUGUGUUUUGUGGUUGGUCCAGACUCUGCAGGUGACAGGUGAGGUUAAACACACUGAGUCAGCUGACUCUUUCCUCCAAUCAGCAGUGUCCGUGUUGUUCCCGUGGUGACGUGAUGCAGCGUCUCUAAGCACAUCACGAGCAUGGCUGCACUGACGGCGUUAAGCCACAGAUGGGUCGAGCAGAUUAGCCGCAGCGUUUUCACGCUUUUUUAAGCAUCUUUCAUUACGGCGCCGCACGACCGCGGAGGUGAACGCACCUCUUCAGAGUAAUGACUCAGAAAAGCUCCAUCACUCUCUCAUCAUCGCCCAGUGGAGCCCCCCGCAGGCAGGAUGACCCCGCAGCACAAACCCAUGUUCACAGUUUACAUGAACAAAGCUGAAUAUUCAGUGAAAUGUGAAACUCUCCACGGACGACUCGAUGUGAACGCUCACAUGAAAGGAGCUCGUCUUUUGUUCCCUCUCUGACUCAUGAAGGAGCUGAGCCCGCAGGGCACAUGUCCAGAGGUUACUUGAACACAGUGUGUUUAAUUAAUUGGAAAACACUCUUUUUAAUCGUUAUUAUCUGAGUAUGAAACAGGCUGUGUUAUCUGAGCGUGUACAUAAUUACCACCCCGGGGACUCGCAGAGACUUCACAGAGAUCACGUGUUCACGUACAGGCAGCCUCUGAUGGAACAUUCAAACAACCUAAAACAAACUAAACACGACGAGUGUGUGAGGUCAUCGUUACCGAGCAACAACGUGAUGUCGUCACAGUUAGCUUUAGCCUAGCCACAUGCUAAAAUAGCUAGAAUCUGCUGUUAGCUAACAGAACCGGGCUGGGUUCAGAGGUCGUUUACCUGUCUCUCACGUUCCAGGCCUCAAAGAUGGACCAAGAUUUCCCAGAAUCCUCUCUGAAUAACGAGCUUCAGACUGAGUCGCUGCGAGACCUGAAACUGGACCGAACGCUCAACCAGAGUCCUGAAAGUCUCAAAUUGGUUCAGGAUCUUUACUCUGGUCUGGACCAGGUUCUAGACAAAGAUAGUGCACAGGAUGAAGCAGAACCUGACCCGGGUCCUUCAGAACCACCUCAGGACCAGCUGGAGGAGCAGGGACUAGACCAGAACCCAACAGAACACGAUGGUGACCGAGGCAGACCUGCCCAAGACCAGGAUCUAAUACGGGCCGUGCACAGCCAGGACCUGGACAGAGUCUCACACCAGGACCAGGACCAGGACCUGACUACUGACUCCAAUCAGGGUGUGGGCGGUGACGGCGUCCCGGCGCUGGUGAUCACUCAGGCAGAGGAGGCUUUGGGACUAGAACCAGCCGGUCCGGUGGGUCGAGCAGUGACACCUGCAGACCCGGUGAUGGACCCCGGUCUGAGCUCCAGCAGUGAUGGAGGAGACAUGACCUGCUCGGACCUCCUCUCUCUGAGGAGUGACUCCUUCUCUCUGAUGAGCGAGCCGGCCGUCUGCAGGACGAGUGAGGACGAUGACAGCAGGAGUGUCACAGCUUCUUCUGUGAUGUCUCUGUUCCACAGGGUCCAGUUGGAUCCUCUGGAGAAGUUCUGGUUGAGGAGUUCAGCUGUAGGAAACACGUCUGCUCAGCGCCAGCUGCUGUGUGAGGACUGCAGCCUCGUCUCCAAGAAGGAUUUCAUCACUGGGACGGCUCUUCAUUGGGCAGCCAAGCAGGGCCGUCAGGAUUCUGUGGACUUGAUGCUUCGUUCUGGAGCCGAUGUCAACGUCAGAUCGGGUUACACGGCGCUCCACCUCGCCUCCAUUCACGGACACCAGCACGUCGUCCACUCCCUGAUCAACACCUACAACGCUAAAACUACGAUCAGAGAUUAUCACGGGAAGACGGCCAAUCAGUACGCGAGCUGCAGCGACAACAAACCUGAAGCUCAGCCAGGUGGGUGGAGUCAUCAUGGCAGACAGUCGCAGCGUUCCGUCCUUCCAUCUUUACUGGCUCGUUCUCGCAGUCCGGGUCAGCUGACCCUGGACUUUGUGACGACGCCUCAGUCACAUGACGGGUUGGACUUUUAACUUCCUGUUCAAAAACAAAAUGGCGGCACCUUCAGACACUGUUACUAAGAAGUUCUUUAAACUCCUCAGCUGCUGGUUCUGGACUCUGAUUCUGGUCCUUGACUCUGGUUCUGGACUCUGAUUCUGGUCCUUGACUCUGGUUCUGGCCCUGGACUCUGGUGCUAGACUCUGGUUCUGGACUCUGAUUCUGGUCCUUGACUCUGGUUCUGGUCGUGGACUCUGGUUCUGGCCCUGGACUCUGGUGCUAGACUCUGGUUCUGGUCCUUUACAGAGACUCUAAAAGUAAAACAGAUUUUUAAAGAAAUACAUAGAAUUAUAAAUGAAGUUGAAUGAGCUGAAUAAAAAGAAUAAAUACUGA